AUGAGACUCAACAGCAGAACUCUUGGAAAACAACGACAACAAAUUGAGUCGUCGGAUCGCGAACAGGUAAACCCCCAUCUUUGGUUACAGCAGAGAAUACUGACUGCAAGCAUAGAGCACGUUCAUGACCACGGAUGGGUACAUUGUUCGAACCUCUGUAGAUAUUAGCUCGGGUCAAACUGCCACUCCUGAACAACCACUUACUCCUGCUUGUUGGUUCACCGGAGAUCAACCCGUAGACAAUUAUGUGACAACUUCCCUCGGUUCUCCGGUUGAUCUUCCGUUUAACGCAUGGAAUAGUUUUGGCGAUACUUUCAAGAAGGCAAUGGACUCUAGCGACGUCUUGGGACAAUUACCAGAUUACCAUACAAGCACUGUUCCGAGUCAACAACUGCCCAUUUCUCAGACAUCAUGGGAUAUAAACAACUGGACUGUUGUAAAUAAUGGCCAAAUUCCAAGGCAGCAAUGCAUGGAACCUUUGACAGAAUCCUACAAUGGCAUGCAACAUGAGAUCACAGGAGAUGGUGGUGAUUGUUCUCUGUCGCCAUUGAAUGUCGUGCCUAGACAGGGACCAUCGAACUUGGCUCCAUCAAUUCCUAUCAAGCCCGUACGAAAAGCCAAAUGGGGAGAUUCCUCGGGAUCUUCCAAGAGAAAGAGUACUUCCAAGAUUCGAUAUUCUCCUUCAGACGAGGAUGAUAGGUCGGGAGAUCAGUUCCCACGAAAGAAGAAUCAGUUAAAAUCAAGUCGAAUUCGAAAAGGCAAUUUCUCAAACUCAACUUCCUCUCCAGAAUCAUCGCCUAGCUCGAGUAAUGUAGUUCUGAAUAGCAAUAGAACUUCCCAUAACUUGGUUGAGAAACAAUACCGGAACCGGCUGAACGACCAAUUUGAUUUCCUACUUUCUUCAAUUCCUUCGGACUUGGUAGGGUAUCACAUGAAUGGACCAGAACGCGGUGAUCGUCCUGAGAAAAGAGUCAGCAAAGCCGAUGUACUUGUAUUGGCCAAAAAGCACAUUGAGAAUCUGGAGAAAAGGAAGCGAGAGCUGGAAGUUGAAAAUGUGGGAUUAAAAGGGACAAACAAACGACUGAAUGAAGUUUGGAUGAGUCAACAAGGGAACGAGAUAUUGUUUAAUGGAAAUGGACAUUAA